UCGGCCUCGUUUAUCUAUAACCAAACAUAAACGGGUACGUAGGCAGAAAUGUGGGCAGAAAAUAAUCAUGGCGGACGGGUGUACGAUCAGGGCUACUGUCGAGUCCGAUCUGCCGCAUGUCAUGAAAUGGACGAUAGGUCAAUUUCCGGAAGACUUCGGGCUUGAGAUGCUUAAGAUCAUGGUUGAGUACGGUGAAGGCGGCGGAGCUUUCACGGCAGUGUUACCCAACGGGGAAUCAGUCGGUUUUCUGAAUUCUGCUGUUGUCGGUGGCGAAGCUUUCAUGGGUCACUUCAUAGUACGUAGCGAUAUGAGACGGAAAGGAAUAGGGAGUAUGUUACUGAAGCGCAUACUUGAGCACGCCGGCCACCGUAACCUGGGACUUAACACCAUGAUGUACCUCGUAGAUCAUUAUAAGAAGAACGGCUUUACCACGGAGUCGUUCACUAUUACCACUCGUUAUUACACCGUCGAUCACGCCAAGCUCGCAGCAUCCCUGAAGCUGGAAGAUGAUGCUAAUAUCACAGUGAAGCCAUACAGCGAAGAGAUGCUGCAAGCUGUACUCGACUACGACAAGUCCAUAGCUGGGCAGGACCGCGGAGACUACCUGCGUCCCUGUUUACAGGCUUGUAAGAAGCUGGUGUUUGUAGCGACAGAUGCUGAGAGCAAGGUAACAGGUUAUGUCGUUGCCAUCAAUGCGACUGUUGGCGUGAGUUACGGCAUCUGUCCACUCUACGGUGACACGGAGCAGGUACAGAGUCAGCUGAUGAGGCACGUGUUAAUGGCUCUACCGGAUAGAUCAGAGAUCUGCUUCUAUACACCUGACGAAAGCACACAUGCGGUAAAGACGUUAGAGGCACUUGGAGCUCGGUUUGUGGGGCGCGACAAGCGACUGUACACGAAACACAAGGUGAAGCUACCAUUGGAAAAGGUCGCGUCUAAUCUGACUUUAGGCGUCUUUAUUAUCUAGGACUGCCUUGGAAUCAAAUCACACUGGAAAUCGUAAUGAUGACCGCAUCUCUUUUUUAAUUUUGAUAUCUUUGUUAUAUAGGAUUCCCAUGGCACCGGAUUUUCUAAUUCGCAAAUCGCGAUAAUGAUGUUACAAUACGGUUUGUAUU